CACACAUGGGCGAAUCCGUGCGGAUUGAAGCGCGAUUGACUUGUGCGUACUUUCAUGCUGGCGGGGCGGUGCGUGGCUACGUGAAGAUCGACUCCCCAAGGCAUCUGUACAUCGAAUGGGGCGUCGCCCAAGUGCACGGGCACCUCUGUGUGGACUCGAACGUGUUGACUGUUCCAGUUGUACCCGUCGCAGCCAUGGACGAGUCGUUCAUGAAGUCGUUGAACCUUCCAGACGUCAAGACGUUCUCGGGACCGACGGGAAUUUGCAUUUACCAGAGCAAACCCACCGUCUUGUACUCUGAAAUCGACGUCGAGCACUCGACGACGUCGCACUUUGCCAUUGGGUUGCCUCCGAGCAUGUGUCCGUCGUUCAAAGGCACAUCGGCUCGCGUCUUCUACGCCCUCUCGUUUACGUUCAAGGUCCAAGGGACAGCCGCCAUUCAAUCGCUGCACCUUCCCUUUGACAUGUAUGCAUCGACACCGUCAUUUCAAUUCGCGCCGCCCAUCGACACAUCCUCUCCAUCCAGCCAUCCAGGAACGCUGCUGGUUCCACCGGCGGUCGGUUUCUUGCCGCCCACCGACGACGUCCGGACCGUUCCCGUUGCCGUGCGCCGUGGCCACGAGAUUCCAUUCGAAGUGAAACCGCGACCCAUGCACGGCCGCGUCGACAUCGAACGAGUGGGCGGCACCCACACGCGGCACUACACGAUCGGCCAAGCAGCCUGUCAUUUGGUGCAGCUGACGUUUUUCAAGCAAACGUACAUGCCGGGGGACGUCGUGCUCGUGGCAUUUGAUUUCACCGGCGCCACGCAACCUUGCGCGUCCAUCUCGGCGUCGCUUGUCGUGAGCGAGUCGCUCGGCGCGCUGUCCCUCGACCCUGGCCGCGCUGUCCAUACUCAUACGCUGCAGACCGCGGCGGAGCUCACGGACGACGCCCUGCACACGCAUAUGCGGUUUGCGUUGCCGGUGGACGCUACGCCGACUAUCGACACGGACGUCGUGCGCCACGAGUAUGUCCUUGCAUUCGAGUUUGAGUCCACGGAACGACUGCGAUGGCAAGUACCCGUGCAGGUGGUGCCUCCGAUCGUACCUGACCCGUCGCACUUCAACGUGCCGGACGAGGUGUACCAAGGGCCGUCGCGCGUGCGCAAGCUGGCUGUCCUGAACUCCCUGUAACAACUCCAAGUUCCACACACUAAAGGGCGCGUAUAGGGAAACUGGGACGGAUGUAGUGUCGCGUCUCUCUCCAUUAACACAAUUAACAGACGAGAGUAGUGACGGUGUAUAUCGAUCGAGUGUGGGGAGGUGUAGAGGAAACGCUGCCGUUGUCAUGUUCGAUAGGCGGCGAUGGUGGUUUAAUGGUGUUCGGCGGCCCAGUCGUACUUGCCGUUCACGCGUUGCCAGAACACAGACUUGGCCUUGUCUUCGUCGGACGCGCCCAACGUGGGGAGGACACCGCAGAUGAAGAAGGACGCGAUGCCGCCGUAGAAGAACGGACGGAACGCAUCGCGCUUGAGCUCGUGGACGAUGAAGUUGCCAAGACCAAGCUUGUGCCAGCGGACCACUUUUUCAACGGCCAUGAUGUUUCUCCUGGAAUGCGUGGGGGAAA